GCUUGAGCUGUUGAUGCAUGUUCCUGGUCGGAUCAUUGUUCGUGACCGGAAGGACGCACCGAAGGGUGUCUGGCGAUGCUGGGCACGGCCGCUCGGCAGGAUGGCGGUGAGGUGACCGGGAGGAGCCGGCGGGUGCGGUAGUGUCGGGACCCAUGUGGUCACCUCCACAGUCUGACACCGGUCCUGUUAUCCCAUGAUCUCUGCCAAUAUGUCUGGCAUCAUGACUAUGCUACAGCAAUUCGCCAACGGCCUGAGGAGCAAAAAUGAGGACACUCGCACCAAGGCGGCCAAGGAACUGCAGCAUUAUGUCACCACAGAGCUGAGAGAAGUCAGCCAGGAGGAAGCAACCCAAUUCUACGAUGAGCUGAAUCACUUCAUCUUUGAGUUUGUCUCCAGCUCUGAUGUGAGCGAGCGGAAAGGAGGGAUUCUGGCUAUAGUCUUUCAGCAUAUCUUCCCCUUACUCCCAGUGAGCCUGAUAGGAGUGGAGGGCGGAAAUGCCACCAGGAUCAGCAGAUUUGCCAACUACCUGCGUAACCUGCUGCCCUCCAGUGACCCUGCGGUCAUGGAGAUGGCUUCCAAAGCAAUGGGGCGCCUUGCUAUGGCGGGGGACACUUUCACUGCAGAGUACGUGGAGUUUGAGGUGAAGCGUGCCUUGGAGUGGCUGGGCGCUGACCGUAAUGAAGGCCGCAGACACGCUGGGGUCCUGGUGCUGCGGGAGCUGGCUGUCAGUGCCCCUACCUUCUUCUUUCAGCAGGUCCAGCCUUUCUUUGACAACAUCUUCUAUGCUGUGUGGGACCCAAAACAGGCAAUUCGGGAGGGGGCCGUAGCAGCUUUGAGAGCCUGUCUGAUCCUAACCACACAGCGGGAACCCAAGGAGCUGCAGAAACCUCUGUGGUACAGGCAAACAUAUGAGGAAGCCGAGAAAGGAUUUGAUGAGCCAUUAUCCAAAGAGAAAGGAAUGAACAGAGAUGAUCGGCUCCAUGGGGCCCUAUUGAUUAUUAAUGAAUUAGUCAGAAUCAGCAGCAUGGAAGGGGAGCGUUUGAGAGAGGAGAUGGAGGAGAUUACACAGCAACAACUUGUCCAUGACAAACACUGCAAGGACCUUAUGGCUUAUAGCUUAAAGCCUCGCCAUAUUGCCCCAUUUGCCAGUUUCCAGUCAGUUCAGCCCCAGCCUACAAAUGCUUUGCUGAGCCUCUUAGGAUACACAGGACAGCAGGGAAUAUUGGGAUACGGGACUGCUCCAAUGCCAGAGAGGUGCUCCUUGGUUGAAAGUCGUGCAUGCCGGGAAUUAAUAGAAGAAAAGUUUGACCAGAUUUGUCGUUGGGUCCUGAAGUGCAGAAGUAGUAAGAAUCCUUUGAUCCAGAUGACUAUAUUAAAUGUUCUCCCACGGCUGGCAGCAUUCAAACCUUCUGCAUUCACAGAUCAGUACCUGACAGAAACAAUGAACCACUUACUGAGCUGUGUACGGAAAGAGAAGGAGCGGACUGUGGCCUUCCAGGCUCUUGGACUUAUCUCUGUAGCUGUAAGGUUAGAGAUAUGUCCUUACCUGCCGAAAAUCCUAGAACACGUCAAAUCUGCUCUGCCUCCCAAGGAUUUUGCUCACAAGAGACAGAAAUCUGUGCAGGUGGAUGCCACUGUGUUUACUUGUAUAAGUAUGCUGGCCCGAGCCCUGGGGCCCUCCAUCCAACAGGAAAUAAAAGAGCUGCUGGAGCCAAUGCUGUCUGUUGGGCUGAGCCCUGCCUUAACAGCUGUACUUUAUGACCUGAGUCAGCAUAUCCCACAGCUAAAGAAAGAUAUUCAGGAUGGACUCUUGAAGAUGCUGUCACUGGUCCUUAUGCACAAGCCGCUCCGCCACCCGGGGAUGCCCAAGGGCCUUGCACAACAGCUGUCCUCACCUAGCCUCACUAAUAUCCCUGAAGUCAGUGAUGUGGGCAGCAUUACUUUAGCGCUUCGCACUUUAGGCACCUUUGAAUUUGAAGGUCAUUCAUUGACCCAGUUUGUGCGCCACUGUGCCGAUCACUUUCUGAAUAGCGAGCACAAGGAGAUCCGGAUGGAGGCCGCGCGCACCUGCUCCCGUCUUCUCACGCCCUCGAUCCAGCUUCUUAGUGGACAUGGCCACGUGAGUCAGACCGCUAUCCAGGUGGUGGCCGAUGUUCUCAGCAAACUGCUGGUGGUUGGAAUAACAGACCCAGAUCCCGACAUCCGCUAUUGUGUCCUGGCCUCCUUGGAUGAACGCUUUGAUACUCACUUGGCACAGGCUGAGAACCUUCAGGCCCUGUUUGUGGCCCUGAAUGACGAGGUUUUUGAGAUUCGAGAACUGGCGAUCUGCACCAUUGGGCGCCUCAGCAGCAUGAACCCGGCAUUUGUCAUGCCUUUCCUCCGUAAGAUGCUCAUCCAGAUUUUGACAGAGUUAGAACACAGCGGUGUUGGAAGGAACAAGGAGCAAAGUGCUCGAAUGUUAGGACACCUUGUAUCCAAUGCCCCCCGUCUGAUCCGACCGUACAUGGAGCCCAUUCUUAAGGCUCUGAUCUUAAAGUUGCGUGAUCCAGAUCCCAAUCCUGGAGUUGUGACAAAUGUUCUGGCGACUAUCGGCGAGCUUGCCCAGGUCAGCGGCUUAGAGAUGAGGAAGUGGAUGGAUGAGCUCUUCCCGAUCAUUAUGGACAUGUUACAGGACUCCUCCCUGCUGGCUAAGAGACAGGUAGCAUUAUGGACCCUGGGCCAGCUGGUGGCCAGCACGGGGUAUGUGGUGGAGCCCUACAGGAAGUAUCCUUCUCUGCUGGAAGUGCUGCUGAAUUUCCUGAAAACUGAGCAAAACCAGGGGAUCCGUCGAGAGGCUAUCCGUGUGCUGGGGCUGCUGGGGGCCCUGGACCCUUACAAACACAAAGUAAAUAUCGGUAUGAUCGACCAGUCCAGAGAUGCUUCAGCGCUGAGCUUAUCGGAGUCCAAAACCAAUCAGGACUCAGCCGACUACAGCACCAGUGAAAUGCUGGUGAACAUGGGGAACCUUCCUCUGGAUGAGUUCUAUCCGGCGGUGUCCGUGGUCACUCUGAUGCGGAUCCUCAGGGACCAGUCUCUGUCCAAUCAUCACACUAUGGUAGUUCAAGCCAUCACCUUCAUCUUCAAGUCCCUAGGACUGAAGUGCGUGCAGUUCUUACCUCAGGUGAUGCCGACCUUUCUGAGUGUUAUCCGCCUGUGUGACGCCAACGUCAGAGAGUCUCACCAACCUUCUCCUCAAAAGAGGACAGGACUGAUGUCACCUCAGUUCAUGUUCCAGCAGUUGGGAAUGUUGGUUUCCUUUGUGCGCAGCCACAUCCGCCCCUACAUGGACGAGAUCUUUGCCUUGAUCAGAGAUUACUGGACCAUGAAUAACCCCAUUCAGAGCACCAUUAUUUUGCUGAUAGAACAGAUCGUAAUGGCGCUAGGAGGAGAGUUCAAGCUUUAUCUGCCGCAGCUCAUCCCUCAUCUGCUGCGAGUCUUCAUGCACGACAGUAGUGCCGGGCGCUCUGUGACUAUUAAGCUUCUUAAUGCAAUACAAAUGUUCGGAGCUAAUCUGGACGAUUACCUUCAUCUCCUCCUACCACCCAUUGUAAAAUUGUUCGAUGCCUCCGAUUCUCCUUUGCAAGCCCGAAAGGUGGCUCUAGAGACAGUGGAUCGACUGACAGAAUCUCUGGAUUUCACCGAUUAUGCCUCCCGAAUCAUCCACCCUAUAGUCCGUACGCUAGACGCCAGCCCUGAGCUCAGACAGACCGCCAUGGAUACACUUUCCUCAUUGGUUUUUCAGCUGGGGAAGAAGUACCAGAUAUUUAUACCAAUGGUGAACAAAGUACUACUAAGGCACAGGAUUUUACACCAGCGAUACGAGGUUCUGACCUGCAGGAUCUUAAAGGGUUAUACACUCGCAGAUGAAGAAGAGGAUCCACUGAUUUUCCAGCAUCGCAAAAAGGAAAAAGUAAACUCCGGAGAAGGCUAUGCCAGUGGCCAAUUGGAUACCGGGCCUAUGAAGAAGCUGCAUGUCAGCACCACCAACCUCCAGAAGGCCUGGGGAGCGGCUCGUAGAGUGUCCAAAGACGAUUGGUUGGAAUGGCUGAGACGACUAAGUGUAGAGCUCCUAAAGGACUCCUCUUCUCCAGCUCUUCGUUCAUGUUGGUCUUUAGCGCAGGCGUAUAACCCGCUGGCCAGGGAUCUGUUUAAUGCAGCCUUCCUGUCCUGCUGGUCGGAACUCAACGAAGACCAACAGGACGAGCUGAUCCGCAGUAUUGAAUUGGCGCUGACAUCGCAGGACAUCGCGGAGGUUACACAGACCCUCCUGAAUCUGGCGGAGUUUAUGGAGCACAGUGAUAAGGGCCCCUUGCCAUUGCGAGAUGACAACGGAGUGGUGCUCCUGGGAGAAAGGGCGUCCAAAUGCCGAGCGUACGCCAAAGCUUUACAUUACAAAGAGCUGGAAUUCCAGAAAGGCCCGACCCCUGCGAUACUGGAGUCCCUCAUCAGCAUUAACAAUAAGCUGCAGCAGCCGGAGGCGGCCUCGGGAGUCCUGGAGUUUGCCAUGAAGCAUUAUGGGGAAUUGGAGAUUCAGGCCACCUGGUACGAGAAGCUCCAUGAAUGGGAGGACGCCCUGGUGGCCUACGCCAAGAAGCUUGAGGUGCACAAGGAUGACUCGGAGCUGAUUCUGGGGAGCAUGCGCUGUCUGGAGGCUCUCGGGGAAUGGGGACAACUUCACCAGCAGUGCUGCGACAACUGGAGCCUGGUCAACAAGGACGCCCGCGUCAAGAUGGCCAGAAUGGCGGCCGCGGCAUCGUGGGGAUUAGAAAAAUGGGACAGUAUGGAGGAAUACACCUGCCUGAUCCCCAACGAUACCCACGAUGGAUCCUUUUAUAGGGCCGUGCUGGCUCUCCACCAGGAUCUCUUCUCUCUGGCCCAGGAGUGCAUUGAUAAAGCCAGAGAUAUGCUUGAUGCCGAGCUGACCGCCAUGGCUGGAGAGAGCUAUAGCCGGGCCUAUGGAGCCAUGGUCACCUGUCAGAUGCUGUCUGAGCUGGAAGAGGUCAUCCAGUAUAAGCUGGUGCCGGAGCGUCGGGAGAUCAUCCGUCAGACCUGGUGGGAUCGGCUGCAGGGCUGUCAGCGCAUCGUUGAGGACUGGCAGAAGAUUUUGAUGGUUCGGUCCCUUGUGGUCAGUCCUCAUGAAGACAUGAGAACUUGGCUGAAAUAUGCGAGUCUGUGCAGCAAGAGCGGCCGAAUGGCUCUCUCUCACAAGACAUUGGUGAUGCUACUCGGAGUGGACCCAGCAGUGAAGAGCGACCAGCCCUUACCUACAGCUCACCCGCAGGUCACCUACGCCUACAUGAAGUAUGUGUGGAAGAGAUUACGAAAGGCCCCACGCGAAACCCAACUUGAAGCUUUCUACAAUAUGCAGAAGUUUGCGAAUAACGUGCAGAUCCAGGCCCAGCGUGUCGCUGAUGACCCGCAGCACAAGCAGGAGCUGCAGAAACUCAUGGCCAGGUGUUUUCUGAAACUCGGGGAAUGGCAGGUGAGCUUACAAGGCAUCAAUGAGCGCACAAUCCCUGAAGUGCUCGAGUAUUUCAGCACUGCCACCGAACACGACCUCAACUGGUACAAGGCCUGGCACGCGUGGGCCGUCAUGAAUUUUGAGGCUGUGCUACAUUACAAGAACCGUCACCAACCAAAGGAGGAUAAUAAGGCCCACCAACAAAUCAAUGCCAGUGCUACGGAAACCAGUGAGAACGAGAGCGAAGGAGAGAGCAAGGAGAGCAGCCCUGUGCCAUCUCCUGUACAAAAGCACCCAUCAGAGAAUAUUCUAGAUUAUUUUAGAGUUACCCAGGGGUGUAAUGAGAUUUAUCUUCUCGGCACACAGGACCUCUCUCAAAUCCUGUUACAAUACACCGUACCGGCCGUACAGGGAUUUUUCCGCUCUAUCUCGCUGUCUCGUGGAAACAACCUGCAGGACACAUUGAGGGUCCUCACUUUCUGGUUUGAGUACGGUCACUGGCCCGAUGUGAACGAAGCUUUGGUGGAAGGGAUCAAAACCAUUCAGAUAGACACCUGGCUGCAGGUGAUUCCACAGCUCAUUGCAAGAAUAGACACCCCGAGACCCCUGGUGGGGCGCCUCAUCCACCAGCUGCUCACCGACAUUGGGCGAUAUCAUCCACAGGCUCUCAUUUACCCCCUGACUGUCGCCUCGAAAUCUACAACCACAGCACGCCACAACGCCGCAAACAAGAUCCUGAAGAACAUGUGCGAACAUAGUAACACCUUGGUACAGCAAGCCAUGAUGGUUAGCGAGGAGCUGAUCAGAGUUGCCAUCCUCUGGCACGAGAUGUGGCACGAGGGUCUGGAGGAGGCGUCUCGUCUGUACUUUGGAGAGAGGAAUGUGAAAGGCAUGUUCGCCGUGCUGGAUCCUCUUCACGCCAUGAUGGAGAGGGGACCCCAGACGCUGAAGGAGACUUCUUUCAAUCAGGCUUAUGGUAGAGAUCUAAUGGAGGCUCAGGACUGGUGUCGAAAGUACAUGAAAUCUGGGAAUGUGAAGGACCUGACACAGGCGUGGGACCUGUAUUACCACGUCUUCAGACGCAUCUCCAAGCAGCUGCCUCAGCUCACUUCCUUGGAGCUCCAGUAUGUGUCUCCCAAACUGCUAAUGUGUCGAGACUUGGAAUUGGCUGUGCCAGGGACGUAUGACCCCAAUCAACCAAUAAUACGCAUCCAGUCGAUUGCGCCGUCACUUCAGGUCAUCACCUCCAAGCAGAGGCCACGAAAGCUUACACUAAUGGGGAGCAAUGGACACGAAUUCAUGUUUCUGCUGAAAGGACACGAGGAUCUCCGUCAGGACGAGAGGGUGAUGCAGCUCUUUGGACUGGUCAACACACUUCUAGCCAAUGACCCUGCAUCUCUGCGGAAAAACCUUAGCAUUCAGAGAUAUGCAGUCAUCCCUUUGUCCACUAACUCGGGGCUGAUCGGCUGGGUUCCUCACUGCGACACCCUUCACGCACUGAUACGGGACUAUCGUGAGAAGAAGAAGAUCCUCCUGAACAUUGAGCAUCGCAUCAUGUUGAGGAUGGCUCCGGAUUACGAUCAUCUCACCCUCAUGCAGAAGGUGGAAGUGUUUGAGCACGCUGUAAAUAACACCGCGGGGGACGACCUGGCCAAGCUGCUGUGGUUGAAAAGUCCAAGUUCAGAGGUCUGGUUUGACAGAAGAACCAAUUACACUCGGUCUCUGGCAGUGAUGUCCAUGGUUGGAUACGUCCUAGGUCUGGGCGACAGACAUCCCUCUAACUUGAUGCUGGAUCGACUCAGUGGAAAAAUCCUUCAUAUUGAUUUUGGAGACUGUUUUGAGGUGGCGAUGACCAGAGAAAAGUUUCCAGAGAAGAUCCCAUUCAGGUUAACCAGAAUGUUAACCAACGCUAUGGAGGUAACCGGCCUUGAUGGGAACUACCGUAUCACAUGUCACACAGUAAUGAAGGUUUUACGGGAACACAAGGACAGUGUCAUGGCCGUGCUAGAAGCUUUUGUAUAUGACCCUCUUCUCAAUUGGAGACUUAUGGACACCAAUAUAAAAGCCACCAAACGCUCUCGUACACGGACAGACUCGUACUCGGCCGGACAGUCUGUGGAAAUGCUGGAGACUGUAGAGCUCGGGGAGAUGUCUCACAAGAAGCCGGGGAGCACGGUGCCGGAGUCCAUACAUACGUACAUCGGUGAUGGUUUAGUGCAGCCUGAAGCACUGAAUAAAAAAGCCGUUCAGAUUAUCAACAGGGUCCGAGAUAAACUAACAGGUCAGGACUUUUGCCAUGAAGAAACUCUGGAUGUGGCCACACAGGUAGAAUUACUAAUAAAACAAGCCACGUCUCACGAGAACCUCUGUCAGUGUUAUAUUGGAUGGUGUCCAUUCUGGUAGGAACCGCUGUGACCUCUUCUCCUCUCCCAGCCCCGGAUCGGUGAAUCCAAAAACUCAGCGGACAUCAUGCCCCCCCCCUCCCCCCCUCAACCACCAGUGUCUUUUUACCUUAGUGGACAGCGACAAAUUAAAUGAAGAACUAUGGGGGGUCGUGUGACAUAAAGCUCCCCGCCUCGCACCACCAGUACAGGCCGGGGACAGAUAUGUGUAGAUAUAUAUAUACCGGUAUAUAUAAAGGCAUCAUACCGCCAAACCAAUCAUGUUUAACGCCUGUCAGCUGACUCCGCGGUCUCGGCUCCCCCCUCCCCUCUUCCUCUUCGGAUCAGUUUAUUGCUGACGUAUGGAGCCGCCGGCCGUGACGUCGCUGUAAAAGAAUUAUGAUUGUUGAUAAAGAGAUACAAAGUGUAUAAGUGACGCCAAGUGCUCUAGUGCCGCUAUGUUCAUAUAUUAUGUUGGAAUUUUUAUAUAUAUAAAUCUAUUAUUUUUUUUUUUCUUUUUUAUCGAGAACCGCAUGAGGAUAACAAUACAAGAGGAACCCAGAACAGUGUAUAUAUAUAUAUAUAUAUAUAUAUAUAUAUAUAUAUAAAGGACGUCAUAUAAAGGGAGCAGAAGCAGACCAGACGCCCGGCCUGUAGGUUUUUUUUUAUUUUUUUGGCUUAGCUCUCCUUAUGUCUUGGCCCAUACAACUUAUAAUAGAGAGGUGUUUAAAAAACAUUUUUUUUUUUAUAUAAAGUUAAGGCUUUUCCACCUAUAGGGAAAAUCUGCCUUUAAACAUCAUUUAUUUUGAGGUUAAAAAAAAAGUUUUGCUGAUUAAAUUAUUUUUCUUUUCUUUUUUAAAUAUAGAAAUGAACAUAGAGAUGAUAGGAUGUGAUCCUAGUUACUAGUAGCCUUCCCUUACUGUGUUUUAUUGAGUUCAAAGGGGGGUUUUUAGGCUCUUAGGAUAUCCAAUUAGUGGGGGGGGGGGGGAGAGGGGGGUCUGACUGCUCACACCCCUCGCUGAUCACCUGAUUGAAGGGGUGGCGUCGUUCUUGUGCAAGCAAUACACCCUUUUCAUUACUUACCAAGCAUAGCGCCGUGCGUUGGGUAGUGGCUGUACUUGGUAUUGCAGCUCGAAGUGAAUUCGACGAGGUGCUGUAUCGGCGAAUGUGUGGCGCUGUGCUUGGUAAGAGGCUGUGGUGCUUGCACAAGAACCGUGGCCCCAUCAAAUCGGUUUAUUGGCCCUGGUGCCAGGAGUCGGACCCGCAACUAAUCAGAUCGGAAACCCCUUUAAACACAAUAUCAACACAGUAUGCAGGUAACUGAUCAUUUUUAAGCUUAGGAUAACCCCUUUAAUGUUAAAUCUUUAUGCAGGAUGCAGUGUUUCCCAACCAGUACGCUUAUGGCUGUUGCAAAACUACAACUCCAAGCAUGCCCGGACAGCCUUCGGCUGUCCGGGCAUGCUGGGAGUUGUAGUUUUUGCAACACUGGUUGGGAAACACUGCCCCUAGAGGAAGCUGCAAGUAACUAGGAAUGCAUCCUUUACUUUUAUGUCUGCGCAGGGGAUUUGGUGCUCUGUAUCAGAAAAAUAAAGCUCUAAUUGCUAUAAAGAAUGACUUGAAGAAUAGUGGAUAUUCACUCGAGGCAUAAAAAAAAAAAAAAAAAACACUUUGCCGUUUCUUUAUGUCUGCUUUUGGAAAAGCUGGGUUGCUGACAAUAUGGCUGCCGUAAUAGCAGACACAAAGGUGGUCACCCAGUUUUCUUAGACAUCCCCUUCCCCCUUAAAAGUCAAAGCUGGCAGGUUAAAGGUGAUCAGUCUAACAAACCUCUGACAUGUCAUAUUGAUCAGUGGGGUUCCGGAUGCUGAGCCCCCCCCCCCCUCCUGAAAAAAAUUCUAAAACAAAUAAUAAAGCCCCCCCCAUCUGUCAACAUUUUGGACAUAUCAGAAGUUUGUUAAAAACUUAAAGCAAAGAUAUCGGGAUACAAUGGGGCAGCUUUGCUGUUCAGGAUUUUAGAAAAGCUGGGUGACAGCACUUCUAAGGGCGACUAUACUUGUAGCUACCCAGCUUUCCCAGAGAUGAGGAACAGAUCCAGGAUCUCUUAAAGGAUUUUUAAUAAAGAAAUGCUCUAUAACAAUACCAGCAAGGCAUGGAAGCUGCAGGCUGCUGGGACCUCAUCUUAUAGUGCAGUGUUUGCCAACCAGGGUGCCUCCAGCUGUUGCAAAACUACAGCCGAUGGCUGUGCAGGCAUGCUGGAAGUUGUAGUUUUGCAACAGCUGGAGGCACCCUGGUUGGAAAACACUGUUAUAGUGUAUUGAUUCCCAUAAUGUGGUUCAGGCUGUCAAGGAAUGAUGGGAGUUGUAGUUUUGCAACAGCUGGAGGCACCCUGGUUGAAUAAACACUGUUAUAGUGCAUUGAUUCCCAUAAUGUGGUUAAGGCUAUCAGGGCAUGUUGGGAGUUGUAGUUUUGCAACAGCUGGAGGCACCCUGGUUGAGAAACACUGUUAUAGUGCAUUGAUUCCCGAAAUAUAUCUCAGGCUGUUGAGGCAUGCUGGGAGUUGUAGUUUUGCAACAGCUGGAGAGUCGCAGGAUUGGGGUGGAGAGGUCAACACAUAGGUCAUUGAGGAGCUGCCUAAAUAGCCGUUCCCUAAUAUCAUCCCGCAAAAUUGUAUGGAACAGCUCCUGGCGGCCAUCACACACCAGUAAUACAUAUGUCAUACCAUAGGGAAGGGUUUCCCAAACAAGGUGCCUCCAGCUGUUGCAAAACUACAACUCCCAGCAUGCCGGGACAGCCAACGGCUGUCCCGGCAUGCUGGAAGUUGUAGUUUUACAACAGCUGGAGGCACCUUGGUUGGGAAAUAUUUUCAUAGGGCAAUGCUAGACAAGCAGCCAGCUGAUGCAUUGCGCAGGUAUCAGCACUACUUUGCACAUUUCUGCAUUAUACGCUUACAAUAAGUUGUAAGAAUACAGGGGGGAGGGGAUCUGUAUAUUUUUUUUUUCCUUUAUAAAUUAAAUUUCUCAAUAAAUAUUGAUC